AUGAGCAAUGGCUACUGGAUUGAUGUUAGCAACAGACAGUACCAUGCAUCCAUGAAUCGGUUCUGGAAAUGCCUUUGUGACCCGAAAUUCAAACCUGACCAUUGGGAUAAAGUUCCAGGUCGGCAAGAGGACGCCCCUGAGCUGACAGCCAAAAGUGUUAAUGAUCUUGAGGCCUUAUUCACGGUUGAACUGGACCAGGUCUUAAUCUGUUCAAUCUGCCAGCGGAAGGAAAGCAUACCCGCAGAUGGAGGGAAGUUUCUGGUUGUCGAUCUUCCAAGCAGAGUCGGGAGUGUCACCAUAAACGAGGCCAUCGAGCUCAGCAUGAAAUCCAAGAUACCACGAUACUGCGACACUUGCAAUGCGCAGACGACUCAGAUCGUACAAAAAAGCAUCCUGAUCCCACCAGAGAUGCUUUUCAUCCAAGUAAAUCGAUACACAGCCCAGGGGAAGUUGCAGAAUGAGCUCGACAUUGAAGAAGAAUUAGUCUUCCCUGAUACUCUCAUCCACGACAUUGCAAAGACAAACGAAGAGCUCCGUUAUGAGCUGUACGGCGUUAUCUUUCACAAGGGCAGCGUGAAAAGUUUCGGGCACUAUACCGCCGCAAUCAAGGCUCCAUCUGACGAGUGGGCGUUAGUCAAUGAUGAGCAGGUGAAAUUUCCCCUGACGCUGGCGCAGAGCAUGAGCUCACCAGAGGGCGGGAAAAAGGAUGCUUACAUACUUGCUUAUCGGCGACUGCCUCUCCAAGGCAGUCCAGAGAAGUUCAUAGUCAACCAGAAGAAAGCUGACACCAACACAGGUCCAUCUGCAUCUGCCAGCAUCCCCCUGGCUAGGACACCCAGUCCUGGUAGGACGAGAUCUUGGACUGGCUCGCCCAAUUUGUCAAGCCCGGGGAAGGGCCUUCGCAAUGGGGGUGUGACCAUGGUAGAAACCAUUCAACUAGAUGGGCGAGACAUUAAAUGGACCAUCAAACAGCAGCUAAAUCUAUCAGUAAACGCUGGUGGUCUUGUGAAGUUGAAGCCCCGAGCGAAGACACAGCGUGCUACUCUAACACUGACACUCAUUUCAGAAGCGACAGGUGAGAUCCUUGAGGGAAACGCCAACAUUUCAUUUAAACCAAGGAUCAUACGGGAGGAUAGAAUAGCGUCUCCAGCAUCAAUGAACACCAGAACCCCUAGUCCUGGGACAAAACAGACGACAAACGAGGUGUCCAGGAAAGCAGCCAAGCCGCAGGGUGUCAAGAAGAAAACAAUUGAGGGAAGGAGACUGGGUUCGAACGAGCAGCCUGCUCCUCGCCGAUCAGCAAGACUGCUCAAAAAGGCCUUUGAAUGA